CUCUGCUUUACUGUUUCAUUAUUCCUGUGCAGCGCUGACCAGUUUCUUAUGAAACCUUGUUUUUUGAGGGCAGAUUUUUAUUUUUUUAGUUGAUGCCACAGAAACGACACUGACCAUGAGGCUGUUGAAGGAAACUCUGGGUGUCCUGUUACUGUGGGCCUGUUUGGACUUUACACACUCAAGGAGCUGCUCCUCGUUUUUCUGCGGACAAUCUUACCGUGUCAGCGGCCUGAAUGGAGUCGACCCUGGGCCUCCUCUCUUUCUUACUCCUUACCUGGAGAAGGGUGACAUAGAUGAAGCCAGGAAACUGAGUCUGGUAGGAGAUCUGCCUGGUGCCAGUGUCAAGAGCUAUGCCGGGUACCUCACUGUCAACAAAACCUACAACAGCAACCUCUUCUUUUGGUUUUUCCCUGCACUCAUGCCAAUCUGUAAGGAGGCUCCAGUACUGCUCUGGCUGCAAGGUGGGCCUGGUGGAUCCUCUAUGUUUGGUCUGUUUGUGGAGCAUGGACCAUAUGUAGUUUAUAAGAACCUGACAGUGGGUUUGAGGGAUUAUGCCUGGACAACUAGAUAUUCAGUUUUGUACAUUGACAAUCCAGUUGGAACAGGUUUCAGCUUCACUGAUGAUGACAGAGGUUUCGCUCAGAAUCAGGAUGACGUUGGCAGAGAUUUGUACAGUGCUUUAACACAGUUCUUCCAGCUGUUUCCUGAGUAUCAGUCCAACGCGUUCUAUGCAACUGGAGAGUCCUAUGCAGGCAAGUAUGUUCCAGCCAUUUCUUACUAUAUCCAUAAAAACAACCCCACUGCUAAGGUGAAAAUCAACUUUUCUGGGAUGGCUAUUGGUGAUGGACUGUGUGAUCCAGAAAUGAUGCUUGGGGGUUAUGGCGAGUUCCUGUACCAAACAGGCAUGAUAGAUGAACAGCAAAAAAUGUAUGUUGUCAAACAGACUGACUAUGGGGUUAAGCUCAUCCAGGAGCAGAAGUGGGUGGAGGCUUUUCAGGUUUUUGAUCGCUUGUUGAAUGGUGACAUGGGACCAUAUCCCUCCUUCUUCCAAAAUGCUACAGGCUGCACCAACUACUACAACUACCUGACAUGUCAGGAGCCUGAAGAACAGGGGUACUUCUCCCAAUUUGUAACUCUGCCUGGGGUGCGACGUGCCAUCCAUGUGGGGAACCUGACGUUCCACAGCGGCUCUGAAGUGGAGAAACACCUCCUGCAGGAUGUCAUGAAGAGCAUCAAACCUUGGCUGGGGGUGCUGAUGGACAACUACAGGGUUUUAAUCUACAGUGGACAGCUGGAUGUAAUUGUAGCUGCUUCUCUGACCGAGCGGUUCCUGCCGACUGUUAACUGGACUGGGGCCGCUGAGUACAGAACAGCCCCUCGCUACCACUGGAAGGUUCAACCCAGGGACACAGAGGUGGCAGGUUAUGUAAGACAAGUGAAAAGGUUUUACCAGGUCAUCAUCCGAGGAGGUGGGCACAUUCUGCCUUACGACCAACCAGCAAGAUCCUUUGAUAUGAUUGACAGAUUUCUUUCAACGAGGGGCUGGAUGUAAAAUGUUUUGUAAUGCACCUUAAAGAACAUAUUGCCAGUUAUAGAUUGAUUUGAAAGAUUGUCAAUCAUUGUCUUUGCAGCUGAUUUAUUAUCAUGUUUUUGUACUUUGACAUUUAGUUGUGAGCAGAUUUUUUUCAGAAAGGAAAAUUAACUUGAAAUAUCAGUUUUUUUUAUUUUAUUUUUUAAAAUCUGAGUAUAAUGGUAUAAUGUCCUGAGAAGAUUGCAGUUAAAUGUACAGUAUGUAACUUAAGGUAGCAUGAAACUCCAAAUCAAUCCACUCUGCUCCACCCAGUGCUCCCUCUCUCUGCUCCACUAUGUUCUAUUGCAAUGUGCUGCGCUCUGCCACACUCUGCCCAGUUCUUCAGAUAGUUGUCAUUGUGAAAUUACAGUAAGUGAGAAUGCAAGAAAAUGUUCUGAUCAAACAGAAAUAAAUGAAAAUGUGACUGGUUAAAGAGGUCAUUCCCACUAAAACCUUUUAGAAGCUAAUGAGUCUGGGUCACAGGAGGCUUUGGCAGCACCGCUCCCCGUUAAGACACGUUUUUGGACCAUAUUUCUACAAAAACAUUUGAACAAAGUCACAUACUGUAGCUUUAAUUGUGCAGUGGCUCAAAUGUUUGUUUCUGUAGCAAGUUUUACACACACAUCAGUACUUGUUUGAUUACUUGACAAAUUGUACACCAGGGGUCACUGCGCUACAGCAAAAUUACAUUAAAGAUCUAGGAACCCAAACGUACUGUGCCAAAUUGUUGUGGUCUUUGAGUGUAAUAAAAAAAAAAAGGUGAUACUCCUGGAUGUCUGCUCAUCUGAACUUAAGUCUUGAAAAUUAUAAAAUGAUUAAAUAUCUCCCAAAAUGCUGCAUGUUGCAGCAAUACACAAUGCUUGUUAAUUUCAUUGAUAUGGC